UGUGCAAUUUCUGAAUGAAAACAUGACAAAAGUGAGUGUCAUCAUCACAGUUUUGAAUGGGACAAAAUGGAUCGAAUCCUGUUUCUCGUCGAUUUUGAAGCAAAACGUUACUCCGGAGUUUGAUAUUGAAAUUGUUGUGUUUGACGAUGCGAGUAAAGAUGAUACUGCAAGACAAAUUUCUGAAUGGAAAGAAAAAUUUCAAGCGAAAAAUAUGGAACUUACCCUCGUGAAAAGUGAUUUUUCAAGUCCUAAAGGUGUCGGAUAUGGAAGAAAUGUUGCUGUUGAGCGAUGUAACGGCGAUUGGUUGUGUUUUCAAGACAUCGAUGACGUUAUGAUGCCUGAUAGGAUUCGGAGACAACUUGAAGCGGGACUUCAAUUAGGCAAUAACUACAUAAUUGGCAGUAAAUUCACUCGAGUGCCUCAAGAUUCAACGUUUCGUUUCACAAAAUGGGCAAAUAAUCUCCCGCAUGACAAAUUAUCCGUUCAAAUUUACACAUCGAAUGGCCCAACGUUGAUAAUGCCCACGUGGUUCAUGCACAAAGACGUUUUUCAUCGCGUUGGAGGCUUUUGUGAAGAUGGCAAGGGCACUCCUGAAGAUUUAAUCUUCUUUUUCAAACAUUUGAAUGUCGGCGGAAAACUUCAUCGUGUUGACGAGCCUCUUUUGGAGUACACAUAUCAUUCGGAAGCGACGUCAUUCAGUGUGAAAAGUGAAACUAUCGAUAAAAUUCGGUUGCAGCAGUUGAUAGAAACGGAAUUUAAUGACAAAGAAAAGUCUCAAUGGAAAGAAGGCUUCAUGAUUUGGAACGCAGGACGUCAAGGAAGGAAGUUUUAUCGAUCGUUACCCAAAGAAUGGCAAAAUCGAGUAACGAGUUUCUGUGAUGUCGAUCCAAAGUUGAUAGGAACAACGUUUAAUCAUUACGAACCGGAGCUGAGGAAGACUUUGAGAAACGUUCCGAUCGUUAGUUAUAAAGAAGUGACGUCUCCUGUGAUAAUUUGCAUGAAAUUAGACUUGACUGAUGGGGCAUUUGAGGAAAAUUUGGCAUCCUUGAACAUGGAGGAGGGGAGAGAUUUUAUUUUGUUUAGCUGAAAAUAUAAAAAAAAAUUAAUUUUUUACCUUUUUCGUCUGAAGUUUUACGAAUCGUUUAUUAAAAAAAAAUAUUUUUGAAA